AUGGUGCCUGCAAGUAGCGAGAAUCGACUCAUGUCUAUUUGUCUUCUGGCUUCUUUUCCGGUCCUGAAUCUUGCUGGCCCUACGUCCCGCCUACUGUGGCCAUCCUGGUUCCAGUGCGUCCGUUCCGAUCUCAACUCGUCCAACGCUGGACUCGAAUCGAGCAUCCUGACAUCCGGCCAUCCCGGGCGGGACGCAACUCUGCUGACCGACAGUCCACACAGCAUUUCCAACCCGGCCUCGGAGAGCGCAACCGCAGCCAUGACCAUCCUCAUCCACCACCUGCACGUCUCCCAGUCGGAGCGCAUCCCCUGGCUCUGCGAGGAGCUCGGCCUGCCCUACGACCUUAAGCUCUACUCGCGCGCGCCCCUCCUCGCCCCGCCCGAGUACAAGGCGCUCCAUCCCGCGGGCAGCGCCCCCACCAUCCAGGACGGCGACCUCACCAUGGCCGAGAGCGGCGCCAUCGUCACCUACCUGUGCCACAAGCACGCCGGCGGCAGGCUCUUCCUCGGCCCCGCCGACCCGGAGUACCCGCACUUCCUGUACUGGUUCCACUGGGUCAACGGCACGUUCACCCCCGCGCUCGCGCGCGCCAUGGGCCUCGCCUCCUCGGGGCAGACGGGCCCCAUGGCGGACAUGACCAGGGCGCGGGUGGCCGGCGGCCUGGCCGCCAUGGACGCGCGGCUCAGGGACAACGAGUACCUCGGCGGCAAGGAGUUCUCGGCGGCGGACAUCAUGGCCGUGUUCCCCGUCACGACGAUGCGGUACUUCUACUCCUUGGACCUGAGCCCGUACGAGAACAUCCUCAGGUGGUUGAAGACGGUGUCGCAGCGCGAGGCGUACCAGCGGGCGAUGAAGAAGUGCGAACCGGACAUGGAAUUGUGCCUGGGAGCGGAACCCCCGGAGCUGUUUGCAGCCAUGAGGCGCUAG